CAGCCCACUGACGUUUAAUCAAGCGGGUAGAUUAAUGGUACGGCAACACUGGCCAUUCUGACAUUACAGCAACGCCGCGGUUUCCAUUGUUAUUGUCGCACAUAUUUCAGGAAAACUAUUAAAAAAACCAGCUCCUAAAAUGACUGCAAUCGCAAAACUACAGAAUUUUGUUUCCAAUGCUGUUGAAAGUACCCGGUUCCGGUUGAUCCGGAACGAAAAAGAUUUCGACGAUGAAUCAGUGGCUUUCCACCCAGAAAUGGCUCAUCAAAUAUUUGGCGAACAAGAAUGCAUUUUUGGCUAUCGGGAUCUAGCGAUCGAUAUCUGUUUCGCUGCUGGUCCUAUGGAUAUUUAUUUCAAUGUAAAGUAUUCGAUGAAGGUCGAUGAUGUCGGUUCGGAUGGCGUCAAAGCAGACGAUGUAGAAAAAGCUCUCGCUGAAUUGGUGGAAGAUGGUUGUUACUACACUAACUUGGAGGAAUACAAGAAAGUGAUCACCGCCAAAAUGAAGACCUUCACACCAUUUGGAGAGAAAGUCGAUGAGUUUCAGGUUAAUUCGGGGUUUUCUGGUCUUCAGGCACGAACAUUUCAGGUGUACAUGACCGACAUUAACGACAAAGAUUUUUUGAAUUUUCAUUCGCGACUGGAAACGCUCUCAUUCUGGUUUAUCGAUGCAUUCAGCAGAGUCGAGCACGAUCCCUUGUGGAUGUUUUUCACCGUUUAUGAAAAGUACGAGGAAGACGGCGAGGUUCGCUAUGCCACUGCUGGAUAUUUCACCGUAUAUCAGUAUUACUCGUAUCCGCAAAAUAUCAGGCCCCGCGUUAGUCAGAUUUUGAUUCUGCCUCCCUUCCAAAAGCUUGGCAUUGCUUCUUGGUUAAUUGAGACUACUAUCCACAACUAUUUCGUUCCAAAAGACAACGUCGCGGAUAUAACGUAUGAGGAGCCAACAGAAGUUAUCCAGCACAUCCGUUCGAUCGCAGAUGCAAAGCGCUGCAUGACACUCCCAUCAUUUUCGAAGGAACAUCUUUUAACCGGCUUCAGUAAGGACAUGCUGCGUGAGGCAAAGGAGAAAUUUAAGAUAAAUCCCAAGCAGUGCAGAGUGGUCUACGAAAUCUUGCGGCUGUCAGUGACGAAUACUAAAAAUGAUGCCGACUAUCGAAACUAUCGAGUGGAGGUGAAAAAACGGUUGAAUUUGAACAACAGCAAACACCAGCGAGAUUUAUUGCGACUGCAAAAGCGAGGAGUUGACGUCAGUGCGGCACUCAGCAUUCUGCCUAGCUUGGAGGAUCGAAUCGAGCAGUUGAAUGCGGAGUAUUUGCAAGUGGAAAAAUUCUACCAUCAAGUCCUGAAGAAACUCAAACUGGUUCACGUUUAACGGUGUUCCACUAUUACAUCGUUUCGUCCGUUUCCUUAUUUUUUGUUCAAAUGUCAUCUAGUUCUAAGAUCCGGUACUUUCCAGUUGAAUGAAUAAAUACUCCAAAAAUGA